UUCCAGGCACCGGUAUAUGACGAGAAACCACUCAAAGUGGCACUUAUAACAGACGUUCACAUCGACCCUCUGUACAAAGCGUUCGGAGUAGCAGAUUGUGACGAGCCUACCUGUUGUAGAGUAGGACAGAGGCCUAGAAGCAGCUUCUCUUACGUAUACAACCAUGAGGGGUCCCUCCUCGAGAGAAGCCUAAUACAUGACCAUGGGGAGAUAAAAUUGAAUCUGAGUGCCUCGGAUAGCAAAGGAGAACAGUCAGCUCGGAUCAGGUACCAGACUAGCAGUCGUCAGUCGCCGCCUGCUGGUUACUGGGGAGACUACAGAAACUGUGACACACCCCUUUGGGCAUACGAUGACGCGAUUGAAAAUAUUCACGAAAACCAUAAGGACAUUGACUUGAUCUAUUACGUGGGAGAUACCAUCGAUCACGGAAUUUGGGAGACGUCGUACGAACUGAUAAAUGAUAUGAAUCUAUACCUUGUUAAGAAAAUAAAAUCAAUUUUUGGAGAAGACGUUUUAGUGGUGCCAGCCAUUGGAAAUCAUGAAUCUCAACCAACAAACCAAUUUGCGCCAGCCACAGUUGUUGGACCAAAAUUGAACACGACUUGGUUGUACAAAUCUUUAGCUGAUAAAUGGGGACAUUAUUUAUCAGACGAGGCAGUAGAUACUCUACUCCAAAGUGGAGGCUUUUCAUUACUGGCCAGACCUGGUUUGAGGGUCAUAUCACUGAAUAACAAUGUUGCCUACAGAAAUAAUUGGUGGCUAGUUUAUGAUCCUCUAGACUCGAAAAAGCAUUUGGACUGGCUUAUCGAAGAACUACAUAAAGCUGAAUUAGCUGGUGAGAAAGUGCAUAUUCUAGCCCACAUUCCGCCUGGAGUGCAUGAUUUGACGCACACGUGGACUAGAGAGUACUACAGAAUUGUUAACAGAUUCUCAGACACCAUCGCCGCUGAAUUCAAUGGUCACACGCAUUCUGAUGAAUUCAAAGUAUUUUAUAGUCCUGACAAUGAACCUAUAAAUGUGGCUUGGGGAGGAGGCAGUGUGACUUCCUACACUUUUUACAAUCUAAAUUAUAAAAUUGUUACAUUCAACCCUCAGAAUUUUACCCCUGACAGAAUUCUGAAUUAUGCCUACAAUCUCACAGAAGCAAAUCUCACGCCCAAUCGUCGGCCGCACUGGUUUUUGCUGUACGACAUGAAGAAUACUUUCGGUCUCCCUGACCUUACGCCUAAAUCAAUGAGUGACCUAGUCUAUUCAAUGGUUACAACCAAUCGUCACUUGCUCGACAUUUAUAACGCAUUUUAUUCCAAAAUCAGUGACGUGCGCUGGCCUAACUGUAACAAUGAUUACUGCAAGUUAGACAAUCUUUGUAAAAUCGUUGUAAAUGUACUGUGGGAACGACAGAGAUGUGAAGAAUUGAGAAGCAUGUUUUACUCCUAACAGAAAUAAUAGAUUGUAUAAUAAAUAACCAUAAUUAAUUUCA